AUGAUGCAUAUUUAUCAUCUUUGUUUCAGUAGAUCGGCUGGUGCGUGUACCGCCGCUGCCUUUCUUAAGGUAACGUGCUGUUUAAUCAGCCUAAUUCAUUAAAACUAACUUUGUUGGAGUCAGUAGAAAAAUUAUAAUACUACAAUGACCGAAGAUCCGCAGUUAAGGACAAGUAACUACUGAAUCACCGUUGAUCCUCCUGUAAGCGAGCACUGGUGGGGCUAGAAAGUGUCCUCUUCAUUAUAAAUUAAUGCCACCAUUUCCCCAGGGCUUCUAGGGACCGAGAAGUGGUGUGACCCUGGGAACGAGAUUGGGAUAGUACCUGGGCUCCAUGGUCUACUUACGCGCUCGGUCAUGACUUCUUCACUUAAGAAGGUGAAGAGCCAAGGCGUUGUCCGAUUUAAUGCACUUUCCCAUUUUUUUGAACUAGCCGCUUAUUAUUGUGGUCACUGGCGUGACCAGCUCUUAGUAACCUCAUAACUACAUGGAUUGUAAGGUUGAUUUUACUUACCCGUUUAGGAAAUUUACCCGAUGAAAAUUUAUCUUGUAAUGUAGUAUUUUUUUUUACAUUACCGAAAGCACAUAUUAAAAACAGAAGAGACUCUGCGAGAGUUAACCUUUCACGUAAGUAGUUUGUUUGUUUGUUUGCAGUGGUGUAAUAAAUGUCCCUUUUUGUAAUUGAAGGAAUUUGUGGACGUGAAACACUGGGCUCAUUUUGACAUUGCUGGUGUGAUGGAUAACAGUGCAAACGCUGUUCCAUAUUUAAACAAGGGAAUGUCAGGUACUAAGAGAAUAUAA